AUGUCUCUUGAUACCAAUAACUCUUCACAACCAUCAUCAUCUCCUCCGAAGCGGCCGCGACUCUCGCUUCAAAUCAAGACGCCGGCCACGGCCCAAACACUGGGGAAGUCAUCCACUGCCUUGAAAGCAGAUAUCGACCCCUCGUCUCCUACAGCUUUCAAUACACUUUCGAAUGCAUACGCAGUCGCUAUCGAGAAUGCUUCACCUAGGACAGCAAGGCCCCUCUCGACAUCUGUCGACAGCAAAUUCGCCAGAAGGACAUCAUUACGGCUUGAGACGAGCAACUUCCAGGGAGGCAACGAAUAUGUCCACCCCUCACAACGGACCCAGACACCAGGUCCAUUCUCCAUCACAUACCCAGAUACGCCUCGCUCGGCAUAUCCAAGUCUAACACCAACUGCAACCACCCAACCACCCCUUCAAAGCGAACUCAAACCUACCGCAACAUCGUUCACUUUCACACCUCCUCAAUCCGCAGGCUCCGACCAUUCCCUCCCCCGAAUCUUCACCUUCGCCGCCAACAACGGCAGCACGUCCUCCCCAAGCACGCCUCGCACCCCUCGUCGACGCAUGACAGUCGGCGGCAGCCAAACAGCACCCUACACACACCCACGCAGCCUCCACAGCAUCCUGCGCAAUUCUCCCCUCCCACCACGAAGCACCAUCACGCCCGCCACACCCAGCCGCAUGUCCAUGCGCCUCGCGAACCGCGCCUCCAAGAAAGUAGGCUACAACGACCCCCUCACGCAAACAAUCACCACCAACAAAUACGUCAAGUCGCACAUCGAUUUAUUAUCUGAAGAUUCCCCUCACUCAGCCACCGACCCCGAAGCAUCCGAGAAGCCAGAGCUAGAACCCCUCGACGUAACGAUGGCGUACACAGGCGACGAGACGCGCGACGGGGGCCAGACGCCCGGUCCAUUCGAGGAGAUGCGGCGGCGCAUGGCGGAGAGCGAUCUCGAGACCCCUGGGACAAGGAAGCGCAAGCGCAGGGAGAAGAAGAGGAAGUGGGAGUGGACGAUCAGCACUACCGAGAAGGACGACGGCGACGAUGGCGAAGAGACGCCUGUAGGGAGGACGCCGCUGACGGCUGUGAUGCUGGCGAGGACGCCUAUCACGGCGAUACGGAGAGGGGCGUCUGUAUCAGAGGAUUCGGCGUCUGAGGUUUCGGAGGCGGAGGAGAGGUUUGUGCCACCGGCUUCGGGGUCUGAGGAUUCGGAGAUGUCGGAUGAGAGGGAUGAGUGGAAUCGUUCUGUGAGGUCGGAAUCGAGGGGUUUUGAUGAGGGUGAUGAUGUUAGGCCGACGACGUCGCAGUCACUGUAG